AUGUCUGAAACAACCACCGUCAACGUCGGCACCCGCAAGUCGCCCCUGGCCAUGGCCCAGGCCGAGCUCGUCGUCAAGGCGCUGCAGAAGAACUACCCGUCCGUCAACUUCGAGAUCCAGGGCAUGACCACGACCGGCGACCGGGACCAGAACACGGCGCUCUACAACUUUGGCGGCAAGAACCUCUGGACCUCGCAGCUCGAGGACCGGCUGCGGGCGAAGGAGCUCGACUUCGUGGUGCACUGCCUCAAGGACAUGCCCACCGCGCUACCCGACGGCUGCGUCCUGGGCGCCAUCACGCAGCGCGAGGACCCGCGGGACACGCUCGUCAUCAAGCCGUCGCUCGUCAGGGAGCACGGGUGGAAGACGCUCGCCGACCUCCCCGACGGCAGCGUCAUCGGCACCAGCAGCGUGCGCAGGAUGGCGCAGCUGCGCAGGCGGUACCCGUCGCUCAAGUUCCAGGACCACAGGGGCAACAUCCAGACGCGGCUGCGCAAGCUCGACGAGGACCCGAACCUGACGGCCAUCAUCCUCGCGGCUGCGGGCCUGCAGCGCAUGGGCCUCGACUCCCACAUCUCGCAGUUCCUCGAGUCCGACAGCGGGGGGAUCCUCUGGGCCGUGGGGCAGGGCGCCCUCGCGGUCGAGUGCAGGGCCGACGACGAGCGCACGCUCGAGAUACUGCGCACCCUGGAAGACAAGCAGACGACGCUCGCGUGCCUCGCCGAGCGCAACGUCAUGAGGACGCUCGAGGGCGGGUGCAGCGUGCCGAUCGGAGUCGAGACGCACUGGGUGGACGGCAAGCUGCGGCUUCGGGCGACCGUCGUGUCUGUGGAUGGCACCGAGAGCGUCGAUACGGAGAAGUCUGAGGUGAUAUCGAGUCCCGAGGCGGCGGAGGAGUACGGGAAACGGGUGGCCCUCGAGCUCGUGGAGCGUGGCGCCGGCACGAUUCUCGACGCCAUCAACGCGGGACGGCAGCCACCGAGCAGCACGUAG